CCUUCCCAACCCCUCCCGUACACUCGUACGUUGUGUCGGCUGUCAAACGUGAAAUGUGAAAAAUCAAACUGCGUGUGUUUUGGAUUUCUUUUCCCUCCGUACAGGCCCGUGUGUAAUCAAAUAGUUUGCAAAAGUUACCGCCGCCCUUCUUGUUUGGUUCGGCCCCAGUUUCGCCGCUAGCUACCCGGAAUUUCGGUUCACGCACGGUGUUGCAAUCCCGCCAGCCCGCCCCGCCGAGGUCCAGCGCGCUCAGCUACAACACAGAAUGGAGCCGUUCACCUGCUUCAUGGACGUGGAAAACUCCCGCUCCUACAUCGACGAGCUGUACUCGGAGGAAAACUGCAAAUGCCAGGAAGCGAUCGUCUGCCUGAAGAACGCCGUCAUCGGCUCGAACAAAAAGAAGGGCUCGAUCAUAUCACAGGGCAUCGUGCCGCGGCUGAUUGCGCUGCUGUGCAAUGCCGGCAAGCCGCUGCAGCUGCGCAUCGACGCCGGCAUCGUGCUGGGCUCGCUGGCCAAGGGCACCGAGUCGCAGGUCCACUCGCUGAUGCGCUUCAACAUCGUCGAGGUGCUGAUAACGAUCAUCUUCGACGCGAGCACGAACGAGCGGCUGAUGGAGGCGUGUCUCGGGGCGCUACAGACGAUCGUGCAGUAUCCGUUCGCGCCGCUCGAUCUAAUCCACUCGGAUAUUAACAACAUCAAGCGUUUGAUACAAAUCGCCUCACCCCGUAGCAGCUUCGCCUGCCAGAUGUACGUGGUCAACAUCUUCGUUCCUCUCUGCCACUCCUCGCACCAGCAGAAGAGCCUGUGCCAGGCGGAGGUGAUACCGUUCCUUGCCCGGCUCAUGAUCUGCGACAACACCACGCUGCAAGUACCUGCACUGAAAUGUUUGGCCGCGAUGUGCUUCACCAACAAAUCCGUUUCGAACAUCGUGCACGCGACGUACCACGCGGACCGGUCGAUACUGGACAUACUGACCGCGCUGCUGUCGCGGACGCGCGACGUCCAGGUGCAGCUGUCGGCCAGCCGGUGCCUCACCUACCUGCACCGGGCCGGUUCGCUGCCGGCCGAGGACUACCGGAUCGUGUACAAAACGCUGCCCUGCCUGGCCCGCCUCUGCUCGGACGAGUUCGAGGAGGAUACGCGCGCGACGGCGGCCGAAACGCUCGCCUACCUGGCGGAGAUCGAUUCCGAGCUGCAGCGGCUGGCCGCGAUCAGCAACCACCUGAUAGUGUCGCUCGCCAAUCUGGUCAAGUGCCCGUCGGUGCUGUCGCGGCAGGGUGCAUUCCGCUGCUUCGCAUCGCUUGCGGCCAACGAUGAGGAAAUCCGGAAGCGCAUCAUCGAGAUGGACGGGCUGAUGGAGGAGGUGCUAAGCGGACUGAAGGACGGCUGUGCGGAGGUGCGACUAUCCGCGGUACGGUGUCUUCACUCACUGUCACGCUCGGUGCAACUACUGAGAACCACUUUUCAGGAUCACUCGGUAUGGCGCCCGCUGAUGGAUUUGCUGUCCGGCGAACCGUCGCUGGAGCUGCAAACCGUCGUCACGUCGACGAUCUGCAACCUGCUACUAGAAUUCUCACCUGCCAAGGAACCGAUGCUCGAAUCCGGUGCCGUCGAGAUGCUCUGCGAGCUAACGAAACAUCCCGACCCGGCGCUCCGGCUGAACGGCAGCUGGGCAUUGAUGAACAUGGCGUUUCAGGCCGAACAGCACGUGAAAACAAAGAUAAUCAACACACUAGGAACGGAUAGGAUAUUUCAAUUGCUAGGCGAUAGGGACGAGCGGGUGAUCAUGAAAACGCUGGGACUGUUGCGCAAUCUGCUGAGCAAUACGCUCCACAUCGAAACGAUCAUGUCGGAACACUCGAGUGAAGUUUUGCGAGCGGUGAGUCUUGUGCUGGACGAUCCACAUCCUCCGGAGGUAAAGGAGCAGGCGAUAAUCAUCAUAGGCAACAUAACGGCCGGCGCACGGGACGAGGAUUAUGUGCUGCAGGAUGAAAAGAUUGUCAAAAAGAUUAGGGAUUUUUUGGUCGCCAACGACAAUAAACUACAGAUGGGCGCGGUGUUUGUGGUACGGAACCUGCUAGAGAAGAGCGGCCGGCAGCAGAUACUGCGGCAGUGGGGUUUUCUGGAAAAUCUCGAACAGCUGCUACGCAUGACACCGCAACACUCGCAGUUCUAUGAGGACAUACGGGAUGAAAUUUUAAGGUUUGAAUACUCAGAAGACCAUUGAAGAAAACCUUUUUGUUGUUAUUGUUUUGUUACUAUUAGUUUCUCCUUCCUGUUGUUUCCGGUCAAAGCUCCUGAGUUGUCUUUGUAUGUGCCCAUCGGACCAGACGGGGCUUGUAUGUCCCGUGCUUUCCGUGUAUGUGUAUGUGUUUUGUUCUCGUCUGUUCUCUCUUAAUCACUCUCCCUUAAUAGUUUGAUCUGCUCGGUGGUGUAAAAAAUGCGCAAAAUGUGAUGAAAUUUAAUUUCUCCAUGUUAGUGCGCACUCUUACUACUUUCCCGCCAUUUUACACAUACUACGACAGAAGGCAGAUACAGUUUUAGCUACAGCUGGAUAAUAGAUUUCUAGUUUCUCUUGAUGGAUCGAAACUCUAGGAAACACCUUUACCUACACUUACACAAAUCUUGCGUACCGGAAAAAGAUAUUUGUGUCACAGCGGAAGAUCGAAGACAAAUCAAAUGCUAACGAUUUUUAAAAAUGUUUCUAACGGAAGCUCUAUGAAGAAAAGCUUGUAAAUAUUUCCCGAGAUAUUCUUCAAGAAGCGUCGAAAGUGGAAUGAACAAACAAACAAACAAAAACAAAAACAAAAAACAUGUCGAAAUUAGAGAAAUGUAAAACAACUCUUCCCCGCCCUCGAAACCAGGCUCGCUACACGCGGUCUGGUUUGUCGCAGAGCGCUUGUUAAGUUUACUCUAAUUUUAUUAAUUUAUUUAGGAAACGAUUUCAAAAACAAAAUUAACCAACCAACACAGACAAACUUACCAUUGAAAUUCAGUCAAAUGUUCCACCAGUGUACAUUGAAAAGAAAAGCGAUGGCAAAGGGAAACAAAACACAUUUGCAUUUCUUCACCAGAGCGAUUACAUUCAUUCAUCUACCUUUUUUGUUAUCAGAACACGUAGAAGAUCGCCAAGUCACGCGAAGAGAGCGGUCAAGAGUCAAGAGCAAACGUCGCAUAUUUAAUGCGGUUUACCAUUUUUCUUUCCAUAACCAGAGAAUUGUAUAGAAUGCUAAAAAAAGCAAAAGCAAAAGCAAAAACAAAAAUCUUUCUCCACUUCCGGUACUUUACCCGGUAACUUCCGAAACACGAAACGAUGAUGAUAUGUGUAUCUGUAAACGGAAUGUGAAUGUGAUCGUUGUUUUGUUUUUAUUGUUGUAGCAGCAGGGUAACAAAUAUGCCCCAGUCUUCCCCCUCCAUCGUACAUUGAUGUGAACAUUGUGAAUGUGGCAACAAAGCGUAUAUGAGGGGAAGCAUAUGCUGAGAUAAGGAAAGGAGAAGCGACACGCAAACAAGAGAAAAAAAGAGAAAAGCAGAGACACAUAAUAAAACGGAUGAAAACAUA